AUGGCGAAAGAUAAGAGAGCAACGGUCAAUUCCGAUUGGCGAACUUCGGAGUGUAAAUUGCACACUUUGGAACUUCUCGGAGGAUGGCACUCCAGCGACAUGGCGAGACAACAGGCCGUCGAGGUGCGACAUCGCAUGGGAAAUUUUGCCAGACCGUCCGUCUUCUCCACCAGCCUGGCCGAGCAGACGAUCCUCUUCAUGAAGAAGAAGCCGGACGAUGUCGUCAAAGUCAUCAAACUUGCGCGCCACUGGAAUCAACAAAUCCGAAUUGAUGAAAAAGUCCAUGGGCGGAGCUACAUGGUUGAACUCGUGGCCGCAUGGGCGCAAAAGGACCAACCGGUUGGCAGCCUGUUUGAGAGGUUUGUACGUUUCUUGCGCGAAAUGGAGGAUUUCUCCAACCUGCGCAUAUUUUUCGGUCAUCAUUAUUGCAAAUUCUCCAUCCCUGAGGACGUCUGGAAGCAGACCCCACUGGUGAUGGAUCCCUGCAACCCGUACAACAAUCUGGCCGAGGGCAUCACCCCCGACGUGAUUGAAAAUUUCCAAUCUGCCGCCACCCGGAGUUUGGCCAUGAUUAAGAAUGGGUUGAAAGACGUGGAGGACUUAUUUUUCGCCACUGACGAGUCUGACGACGAUCAAGAAGAAAAAUAUGACAACGACGACGUCGGCAAGUUUGACGACAAACACGGCUUUUUUGACGGCUUAAAGCGCGAGUAUGAAUGUUUAAUGCCGGGCGGACGUUACAAUUACUAA